CAGAUUUGGUGUGUAGCACCGACCGUCUCCCGAAAUGUGACGGUUCGUCUCCGGCGGCCCUAAACGAAGCCGCGGCCACGACAGUGCUGCGAAAGUCGCAACGCUAUUUUAAAUGCUGCAUUCGAGGGCCGCUCUCAGGACUCGUUUUUCUGACACGCUUUUACGUUAAAGACCAUUCAGCUGCUUUUUGGGGGGUCGGAAAUACAAAUGAUAGUAGUUGUGAAACUUCAGCCGUUUCCUGAAGUAAUUGUGUUAUUGAUAAAUGAAUAGUUCAGUGGUUGAUCAGUCCAAUUAAGUUGUGACAACUGUAAAGUCAACCAACUACACAGGAAUGAAAACUGUGACAGCCCAUCAAUCACCAAGUAUAAAUAGUUGGGCUGAAACCAUGAAUUUCAUCAUGUUGUUUGUACAUUGAAUCCAAGUUUAGAAUGUUUAAAGUAAUCACAAAGGUCUUAAGCAAAUUGCUAGAGGUUGAAAUUAAAUAUACCAUAUCAACUCUGUCAGAAAAUACACUGAGUUGUUUUGGCACUAAAAUAUUUGGAAAUGUUCUUAAAUCAAUUAAAAUACAUUAAUUAACAGAAGCAGCUAUCAUUUGCACAUCCUCUUUCCCCUAAAAAUACGAAUGGGACACGGCAGUCUUUGCCAUUAAUAUCCCACAUUCACGAUUAGGUCAAUUGUGCUCAUCUUUUUCAACAAUACAAACAACAAUACAAACAACAAGGCAGCAGACUGUGGUAGACCUUUCCAGAUCCCAUCAAACACUCAAAGAUAUAAUUCAGAUUAUAAUAUUCAUUUGAAUAAUGUUCAAUUAAAAUACAAUACAUUAAUAAUUAACUGUUCCUUUGUCAUUUUCAAGUUAUUUUAAGGCAUUUUUGUUGAUUUAGCUUUGUGAUCAGUAACUUUAUAGUUUUCUCCUUUAUUAUCAAUCCAUAUUCCCUAAAGAUUUUAUUUAUACAUUAUUUAAUUUGCUUCCAAUAUAGCUGGGAGUGACCAGAAGAAACUAAAAUGUGUUCUGUGGCUUCAUUAUGUUUUUGCAGAAACAAAAUACAUUACCGUGUUGUUCACCGGAUACAUAUUUAUGUCUCACUCUUGGUGUUAUAGUAUACCGUAAAAUGUAAGUUCUUCAGUAUCCUGAUACUUUGGAAGGAAUCAUGUCAAUGCCUUGGAUGUGAAUCAUUAGUGCUCACUUUAGAAUUUCAGCAUGUCCGACAGCCUGCGAAGGCACCACGGGAGACGUCACGAUAAUUAAGGGGUUUUAACUAGUUAUAAUGUACUUCUUUAACGCUAUAUUUUAGCUAAUAUGAACCCCUGUCCGCUUGGUUUAAUAACCUCGCAUAGACACUCUAUCUGUCAUUCAAAUAAUAACAUUAACCACAACGUAAUUUCUCUUAUAACGACACUCGGGGCCAGAGUAGCCGUUAGCCAUCAAGCUAACUAACGCUAGUGCGGAAAGUGAUGACAGUAAACGUUACACCGACUCCAGGCCUGUAAUGAUAAAAUGAUUUAUCUAAUGUCGGGUCUGCAGCUGCACAUCACUGCAUUGGGAUCUGCUCUUAAAAUGUUAAAAACUAAAAGCGGAUAAAAGAUAAUUAACAAUGUCCUGAUCCUUCUUUGUUUACUUUCACUGCUCAACCUCCCAACACAAAGCAGUAGUGCUCUGUGUGAUAGGUUUGGUAAACAGAAGAUUUAAUCCGGUUUAGAGAAGUAAAUCUUUUCUUAAAAAUUGGCAAAAUCACAGCUGGGUGAUUUUUUUUUUUUUUGUUGAUUUUUUUACUACAGCCCGGCCCCGUUAGGCCACGUUAUCAUUCAGUCUCCACCAUGACGCAGGGCUGGUGAAUGCUGCUGUUUCAUGUCACUGUAAAUGAAAAGGUCAAGAAGAGCUCCUCAAACACCAGGCUUGAAGCAGGUGUCCCUUCUCUCUCCUGAAGACUUUGAAAAGACUGGGGGAGCUUCCCAUGACUGUGACCAUACUGGUGGAAACCGGUGUGGGGAAGACUGUCAAUUCUUUUAGGAAGCAUCAGCUGGCUGGAGAGAUGGCGAAAGGCCUCGUGGCCAAAUGGAAGAAACUGGUUCCUCAGUCAGACAGACCCUCCAACGUCAAAGAGGCACCACGGUCACACACGCACUCUCGAGGCCCAGAGGCGGGUGGUGGUGGUGGUGGUGGUGGUGGUGGUGGUGGUGGUGGUGGAGGAGGAGUCCACAGACGCAACCGGGAGCCCUCCCCUGAGGAAGAGCCCUCCUACAUGGAAGAGGAAGAGGAGGAGGAGGAGGAAGUAGAAGUAGAGAGAGGCUAUCACACGAACUACUCGCCCUCACCUCCUCAACACGAGCACUACAGCCCCCCGCAGCGAGGAGGCUACCAGUCGGACGAGUAUGAGAGCCCCGAGCCUGAACCCGAGCCUGAACCCGAGCCUGAACCUAGUCCUGAACCUAGUCCUCCUCCUCCUCUUCGCAAAGAGGUCCGCCCUGCCAAACCCAACAAAGAACCCAACAAAAACCACCACCACGGCGAAAGAAACCGGGACAGAGACGAGGAGCGGCGGCAACGCCACGCACAGACGAGUAGCACUCGAGGAGGAGACGGCGAAGGGAAGAACCGCAGCGCAGACAGAGAGAGUCCAGUAACAAAGUCUGCAAAGCACAGCAGGAAGUCCACCACGCAUGAGAGUAAGAGGGAGGAGAAGAAGAAAGGAGGAGACGACGGGCGACCGCGGGCGCCCAAGGACUCUCCGCCCAAGGUGGAGGAGGGAGACGACUUUGAGAGUCCCACCAUGUCCUUUGAGUCUUUCCUCACAUAUGACGCCCCGACUCCCGUCAAGAAGAAGAAGAAGCAGCCGCCAUCGUCCUCGUCACACAGUCGGCCGCCUCACUCCUCCUCCUCCACGGCGUCCUCCCAUCGUUCACGCACACCUCCGCCGGCCCCCUCCUCUUCCUCCAAAGGGAGUAAGGCCAACGGCACUCAGAGUACCAAGAGGCCACAUUCAGGCUCCAGUUCGGCAACAGCGGAAAAACGCAAGCGGGUGGUUGAGGUCAUUGCGUCUCUUCCGGAAAUCCCUCUGCCAGCGAUCCAACCCAAUUACAGACCUCUGCCCUCCAUCGACGUCACACCGCUGUCCCCUCAGAGACGGAAAGUUCCCGUCUGCAACGACGAGGAGGAUACCGGUUUCACGGGGAAGCGGUUCAACUCCAAGAUGGUGGUCUACUCAGGAUCAAAGACCGCCUACUUGCCCAAGAUGAUGACUCUGUACGAGCAGUGCAUCCGUGUGCUGCAGAACAACAUUGACUCCAUCGCCGAGGUCGGAGGGGUGCCGUUCGAGAUCCUGGAGCCGGUGCUGGAGCGGUGCACACCAGAGCAGCUGUACCGCAUCGAGCAGAGCAACCAGUGGUUUACGGAGGAAUCUGACGAGCUGUGGAUGCGCCAUUGUCAGCGGGACUUCAAGCGCGAGACGCCUCAGGAGUACGAGUCGUGGAGGGAGAUGUACCUGAGGCUGCACGACGAGCGCGAGGAGCGACUGAGGAUGCUCACCCAGAACAUCUCCUCCGCCCACGCCAACAAGCCAAAAGGGCGCCAGGUCAAGAUGGCGUUUGUGAAUUCUGUCGCCAAGCCGCCGCGCGACGUCCGCCGCCGACAGGAGAAGUUCGGCACCAUCAGUGGCUCGUCAGCCAGCUCCACCGCAGCUGCAGCUCCCAUCAAAAUACGACCAGCUACCACAGACUACUCUGGUGAAUUGAGUCGCUCCUUUUCCUCCCAACUCGACCCUUCUCCCGGCUCGUCUCGCUCCUCCGCACCAGGUGGUGGUGGUGGAGCAGCGGCAGCAGGAGGAGGAGGAGGAGGAGGACCUGCCGCCCGCGACAAACCACUGGUCAAAAAAAUCGCCCCCAUGAUGGCCAAAACUAUCAAAGCUUUCAAGAACAGAUUCUCCCGCCGAUAGUGUGAAAGAGACUGAAUGUAUUUUAUGGAUUCCAACUGCGUUUUUAAUUUAAGUUUUUAGCUAAUUUUACUGGAGACCCCAUCAUCCCUGCACACACACACCAUCAACUUUACCACCAAACAUAUCGUAUGAACUUUUCAGUAUUGGUGGGAAAAUGGUUGAUUUUUUUUUUUUAAACAAGUUUUAUUUAAGUGGCUGCAUCUGUUUUGUUUUUUUUUUGGGGGGGGGGG